UGAUGCUCUCCCUCCACGGCCCUUUUGGCAGUCCCAGCGAGAGUGUGAGCUGUACAGUCGUGCUGUCCCGUCGUGCUGUCCCGUCAUCUGGUCCCGUCUUCUCUGAAGUUGAAUCAAACGAAAGGAUUUAGGUCUCAAGGUUUCCGUGGAUUCAACUCCGUGAUCUAAAGAAAACGAACUGUCGAAGUGAUUUAUUUCCUACACCUUAAGACCAUUCGCUUGGAGACAUGGGGAUUCCAAGAGUGAUACUUCUGUUGGUCCACGCUCUGGUGCUUUCCAGGUUGGUCAGUGGAGCCUCAAUAGACACGAGUGAACAUGAAAAGGCCCCUGAAACUGCAGUGUUCAACAUGUUGGAACCAGUAAGUGAGAGAAGGGUUGCAGAAGAGGAUCUGCAGCAUGAGGUGGAUUAUGAAGACGAAGAUGGAGAUGAAGAUGAGUACUACUACGAUGAUGACGAGGACGAUUAUGAAGUAUCAGGGGACUACGUGCCACGAGUUGCCUUUUCCAGCAAACCUAAGGAUCCCAGCAAAGUUCUGACUGAAGAAAGGGCAGGGGAAAGGAGGAGAGGAAAAGGGAGGAAGAAGGGAAAGGGAAAGAAGAGGAAUCCGUGCCUGAGGAAAUAUAAAGAUUUAUGCAUCCAUGGCACGUGCCAAUACCUGGCAAACAUCCGUAAACCUUCUUGCAUAUGCCACGAGGGUUACUCGGGAGAGCGGUGUCACGACAUCAUUUGGCUGUUGCCCAGCAGCGGAACAGAUAAAGGAUAUAACAGGACGACAGCACUGGCAGUGGUGGCAGUCGUGCUCUCCUCACUCUGUCUCAUCAUCAUAGGCCUUCUUUUGGCAUUGAGGUUCCACAAGCGGGGUGCCUAUGAUGUUGAAAAUGAGGAGAAGGUGAAGCUGGGGGCAGCGCCACACCACUGACUGAGGAGAGAAUGGGUGGAGAUGUGGAAAUUCUACCUCAAAA